AUGCUGCAAACUCGCUUCGAGCGUCGAGGCAAUGGCAAAGACUUGGAUCAGGCCAUCACACUCCAGAUGGAAGCGCUGGCCUUGCACCCGGUCGGUCACACACAUCGGUCCACGUCAUUAAAUAACCUCGCAAAUCAACUCUCUUCCCGCUUUGAGCACAGAGGCAACGACGAAGACUUGGAUCAGGCUAUCGCACUUCACAGAGAAGCGCUGGCCUUGCUCUCGGUCGGUCACGCAAAUCGGUCCACGGCAUUAAAUAACCUUGCAGCUCAACUUUCCUUUCGCUUUAAGCACCGAGGCAACGACGAAGACUUGGAUCAGGCUAUCGCACUUUACAGGGAAGCGCUGGCUUUGCGCCCGGUCGGUCACACAGAUCGGUCCAUGUCAUUAAAAAACCUCGCCAAUCAACUCUCCGCCCGCUUUCACCACCAACACAAUAGAGAAGACCUCGAAGAGUCACGAGAACCUAUGCUGUCGCUAGCUAGAGUUUGUUUGUCGUUCUAUCGUUCAAGCCUUGGCGAUACCAGCGCAGGUGAAGAUACUGAUAGUCUGAAUGCUGCCAUGCAUCAUUUCAGAGCAGCAGCAAAUAUUGUCUCUGGAGGCUUGCGAUCCCGCCUGCAAACAAGUCUGUUCUGGGUUCGUGAAGCUUCUCGAUAUUCACAUCCCACUGAACUGGCGGCAUAUGCAACUUCCAUGCAACUUCUGGACGCGUAUAUGUCUACAACAUCUUCAGUAUCGUCUCGUCACAAUAUCAUGAAGGACUUCCCAAGUACACUUGCCGUUGAUGCUGCAUGCUGUGCUCUUCGCAGUGGUGAUUUGUGUCGCGCUGUCGAGUUGUUGGAACAAGGCAGGACUAUCAUCUGGACCCAGAUGACACGACUACGCACCCCUCUUGACAGCCUUCAGACUCGCGGCGAUCAUGCAGUAGCCCUGAUGAAGAGAUUCAGAGACCCCAGCUCCCUCCUCGAUAAACCUCCUGCAAACUAUUCAGAAGGAAACUCAAGAGUCGAUAUAGAAGCAGAGGAAACCCGUUACAGACGUCUAGUAGAGGAGUGGAAUAGAGCUGUAGAAGAGAUCCGGAAGAUCGAAAGCUUCUCCCGCUUCCUCCUCCCCCCCUUAUUCUCUGAUCUUCAAGAUGCAGCUCGUGAUGGGCCUGUUAUCGUGCUCAUCGCAAGCAGGUCGUCGUGCCACGCCAUUAUCAUCCCGCAUAAGCAACCUCCGACUAGCAUUCAACUCCCUACCGAUUGGCAGAAACUCGUCAAAUUAGUACCAACACUCCGAGAGGCAGUUCAAAAAGAGGCCGGUCCUAAAGGGAACCAAACAGCGCUGAUAAAAGCUUUGAGAGAGCUGUGGGACGGUGUGGUCGGCCCGGUGGUCGAAAGUCUGGGUGGAAUCGCACGACGAGGUUCCCGAAUAUGGUGGUGCCCGACGUCUCUCUUCAAUUUCUUGCCGUUACAUGCUGCUGGCGAGUACAGGCCGAAGGGAAAGUCCCUUUCGCAGCAGUAUAUCUCUUCAUACACGCCAUCGCUCACCGCGCUGAUCAAGGCUCGCAGAAGUCAUGACAGGUCCUUGUCGGUGCCCUUCGUGGCCAUUGGUCAGGAUUUCCCAGCCGGUGCCUCAUUCACUUUGGAUGCUGUGGAGCCUGAGCUGGAGUUGGUGCGGGAACUUUUGCCCCAUCCCCCUACUGUUUCCUUCUCCAAGGUCACCAGCGUUGAUGCCACGAAAUCAAGAGCGCUGUGUGCGUUGCGGGACAAUACUUGGUUCCAUCUCGCUUGUCACGGGACACAGAGAUUUGACGAACCCUUCAAGUCAGCCUUUCUUAUGCGCGAUCAGCCGCUUUCGCUCCUCGAUAUCACGCAAACGGAUCUGUCUCGCCAUGAAUUUGCGUUUCUUUCAGCCUGUGAGACCGCAGUCGGUGACUUUCAUACGCCGGACGAAGUGAGACACCUAGUGGCUGGCCUGCAAUUUGCCGGGGUUAACAGCGUCGUGGGGACAAUGUAG